GACUGACUGACUGAUUACUGAGUGAGCGAGAGAAAGAGAGAGAGGGAGAGAGCGGAUCAGUCCAAUCCUUCCCUUCCCGUCCCCCCACUGCCACUCACUGACCUUUCCCUUCCCUUUUCUCCCGCCCUCUCCAGUCCUUUUUCAAUAAUCCCCAUCCCGCACCUCCUUACGCUCUUUCUCUUACCCACCCCAUAUUGUAUCGUGUGUGUGCCCUUCGGGUGUCUUCUACAUCUGCAGUCUCUCGUUAACCCCUCCAUUUUCAUUUAGACACCUAUCUCAUCGGUGCCUUUAUCCUCCACACACUCCCCCCGACUACAGAUACGAUCGCUUACUCCCAUCUGGGCUUUUGUCGCGUUGGAAAUCUGACCUCAAUAUACCCAUCUACCUUUCGUCUGACAGUCAUCUCGCACAACCUCCGUCCGUUUGGCGCUGGAAGCCUUUGAGAAACACUUCACUUGUGACUUGAUACUCCCAACUAACCGCUUUCAUCAUGCGAGCCGCUCGUCUUUCGUUCCUCCUUUACUCCCUCUCCCUCGUGGCCGUCGUCGCUGGCCAGAGCGCCGCGGUCACGGGUGUAGGGAACGCUGUCACCUCUGCUGCGGCUGCUACUACCGCAGAGGUUGCUACUACCGCAUCGUCCGAGUCGACCUCCUCAACCGAGUCGACUUCAUCCACCAAAGAGACCACCAGUUCCACCACCAGUCAGACUGAGCCCACGACUACGUCAACCUCAGAGACCACGAGUACCACGGAACCAGCAGCCAGGACAACCAAAGCAGCAGAUACGACCGCUGCUCAAACUACUAAUGCUGCUUCCGCCACUACUACCUCGUCGAAUAAUAACAACAACAAUAACAACAACAACAACAGCAACAGCAGCAGCAGCAGCAGCAAAGAUAGCUCUACGACCACUGCCGAGACCACGGCCCAAACCACUGCUACCCCUGUUGUUAAGACCGUCGUCACCACCGAGACCAUCAGCGGAACCCCUGUGCAGACCACCCUCACCACUACCUCCACUCCGGCUAGCAGCGCGACCGAUUCUCCCAGCCUGAGUGGAGCCUCUUCUAACAGUUCCAGUGGCAGCUCCGGUCUUUCGUCGUCUCAGAAGAAGAUCAUCAUUGGUGUUGUUGUGGGUGUCGGUGGUGCGAUCAUCAUUGGAGCCAUCGCAGUGGUGGCCUGGAGAAUCCAUGCUCGCAAGGCUGCUCAUGACAACGACGAAGCUGCUGACCUCAUGAGCGGUACUGCCGUCGGAUCCGGUGUUCGCGAGAAGGCCCCCAGCCCCGGUGCUGGUGGAACGCCCUUCAAGACCACGCUUGACCAGUAUCACAACCCUGGUCCGGUGAACGCGGCAUCGAACUUUUAAGUCUGGUCUGAUGUUCGGUCUCUGUAUCUGCUUGUCUCAGAUAAGAUACAAGGUCUGGAUAUUCCCUCCGGAACUGUAAAGUUUGUACGAUUAUGACGCAGUUUUCAUGGCGCUUGUGGGCGAGGAAUUCCUCGAGUCUGAUUUUUUAUCGUUACCCAAUUCUUUGUUCUGAUGUGUCUCACAUUUGAAGAAUCACCCUUUCCGUUCUCUGAUAGAUUAUGUGUCGCUUCUUUCCGACAAACACUACACUCCUUGACAUAGCACAGCGGAUUUUGUUCUAGCAUGAUUGGUCUCUGUUUACUUUGAUUCCCCCCUCGAAGCAUUUGAUUCAUUCUAGGAGACGCUGGACAGUGGCAUCCUCGCGUCUCACUAUCUUUGCUCUCUGGAUUGCAGGUCUUCGAUCUCAGCCUACAAAAAGCUUUUGAUUGUAUGUAUUUAAUUGACCGAAUGUUUGAGAAGUAUUAAGUUUGUUCCUG